CGGAGAGGCGGAGAGAGGUAGGGGGGCGGGGGUUCCGAGCUGUAAAGCGAGAGAGCGAAAAUUGCUGCGGAGAAAAAGUGGGGGGACGUGGAAGGCUUUCACAGAGUCCGCAGUUUGCUCAGGCAAAUGAAAAAUAACAAAUAGUAUAUAUUGGGCGAACGUUUAACUGAUCAGAAGAGAAGAUUGUAGUUCUACACGGGAAUACAAAAAUGUCGUCUCCAAGUCCUGCUAAGAGGCGAAUGGACACCGAUGUGGUAAAACUCAUUGAAAGCAAACAUGAAGUGACGAUACUCAGCGGACUCAACGAAUUACUCGUGAAGUUUUAUGGACCUCAAGGAACGCCAUACGAAGAUGGUGUGUGGAAGGUGCGAGUAGAUCUACCAGAGAAAUAUCCAUUCAAGUCCCCCUCUAUAGGGUUCAUGAAUAAAAUUUUUCACCCCAACAUCGAUGAAGCGUCAGGAACAGUUUGCCUGGAUGUCAUCAACCAGACGUGGUCGGCCCUGUACGAUCUCACCAAUAUCUUUGAGUCGUUCUUGCCUCAGUUGCUGGCGUACCCCAACCCCAUUGAUCCCCUGAACGGGGAUGCGGCUGCCAUGUACCUGCACCGGCCGGAAGAAUACAAGCGCAGAAUCAGAGAAUACAUCCAGAAAUAUGCAACAGAGGAGGCGCUGAAGGAGCAGGAAGAGCGGGCCGGGGACUCCUCGUCGGAGAGCUCCAUGUCAGAUUUCUCUGAGGACGAAGCCCAAGAUAUGGAGUUGUAGUGUGUGGCGAUGUCCUUAAACAGACUCCGAUUUCCCAGCCGCAAGGAGCAGACUGAUAUUCAUAUUUAAACAAGGCAAUUUUUUAUGACUAAAAAGGAUUUUUAUGGAUGUAGCAUUGGUGUUUUUCAUUUCUACUCUCUCCCCCUCUAGACGCCCAUCUUUUGCAUCCUGCUCACCCCUUAACCACCCUGAGCAGUGCAGUUUCGCUGGACUACCCACUUUUCUCACCUGUGAUUCAGUAUGAUCAUGGUCACUUGGAAUUCACCUCUCUUCUCCGUGGCCAUCAUAAUAAUACAGAUGUUGUUGCUGGUUGUGACAUCAUGACAGUGCUUAUUAAAGAGAGUGACUGAAGACUUAAAACCCCAAGCCAGAAAAACAGUGUUCAAAAAAGCUGUUUCAUUGUAUUAAACUUUCUUCCAGUCAGUAGAUCAUGUUACUUAAUUUGAAUGCUGCUGUUUGUAGGCUGGUCUUAUCUGGCAACACACCGAAAAUGCCUCUCUGAGAGCUUUUUUGGAUUGUGAGAAAUUUCCCUGUCUUUUUGGGUUGGAUUUAAAGUGGUAAUAAUUGCUUGUCCUUCUGUUCAAACCCUUGAACACCCUCCCCCCGGCCAGUACCAUGAAGUGUCAGCACCUUAGAAAUGGCUGCCUGUACACAGCAGGAUUCUGGGAAAGGUCACACAGUCGGGGUGACACGUUGGAGGCUCUGUGUAACAUUAUUUUUAGCCUGCCAGCUCGGCUAGCCUGAUGCUGAUAUUACUGAGGUCUUGCAGGGAGGCCGGUGUUCAAAAGACAUUUUUCACGUGGUUUUGCAUUCUUGCAAGACAAACAAGCGGUAUUUAUUUUAUCCUGGUUUAAUUGACCAUUAUAGGAAAGUCUCCUCUGUUUGUCUCAUUACCCUGUUGUAGUUUUACACCAUUCGGAAAGUAAGUUAUCCUGGGCUUUGUUGAGCCCGUGCUGUAAAAAGAUGGGGAACAGCACUCUUUGGUUUCUGUGUGAAGGAUAGGGCUGCAUUCAUAGUUUAGAUGUUUGCCUGAUUUUUCCGUCACUGGGUGGCAGUCUUCUCACGGAAUCUUGUACAGGCCUUUGUUGGCUUGUUGAUAUUGUCAGCUUGCUUUCUUGAGCUGAACUGUAAUGCUAGGGUUAGUUCCUUAUUUAGGAAAAUGUGUGGCAAAUUCAGUUUAAAAUAUGUACAGCAGGUUUUCCCUCAUUGUAGAAGUAACUGGUUUCAGGCAGCUUCCUGUAGAGGAGAGGAUUAAUGAGUUCAGUUUGCAUCAUUAUGUUGUGUAAUUCAUUAAGAGAUUCCAAUGACAUGAUUUGCUGUAUUGCAGAUCUUGUGUGUUGUUCCCCUUCCAAGUCUUUCCUGACUAUUUUAUGGAGUCCUGGGUAAUGCAGCCUGCAUCCUGGAGGGUUGGAAGUGCUGGAUGAGGCCACUGCCGGCCUGGAGCGGGACGUCUACCUUCUCUGCUCAGCCUGCAGCCACAUGAAGGGAGUGACCUUCUAUAAAACCUAAUAAGUAUUUUGCUGGGGUUUUAAUAUCUUUAUAGGGUUGAGUAUUUGCCAUAGUGGAUUAAUUGGAGGUGGGCUGAGAUGGGAUGUUGUGGUCAGGAAGGGCCUUCUGGAUUGCAGACUGGAAGGUUUCACAGUCAGCACCGCGCUGCUCCUUUCCCCACGGCACCCCGCUGUUGUCAUGAUAAACGAGGCAGCACAUAGUAACAGUAUGCAACAGCCAGAGGUCAGCUUGUCUGUUUAUUUCCUGUUUAUCCCGCAUUCUGCCCGAGAAAAUAACGAGAGGGACGUAACACUAACCUUGUCCCCUUUUAUAUGCUGGAAUUGAGAGCUUGCAUGACCUAAAGUUCAAAAUUGAAAAAGAGCAGCUUUUGUAACCGCUCUGAAUGAAUGAGUGAAUGAAUGAAAUUAAACGUGCAACUGAUUCCUUUUCUGUGUGCUUCAGGUUUGGGGCCAUUCUGGAAUGCAUUCAUCAACUUGGGAUUGGGAAAAAGAACUAUGGAGAACAGAAUUGGAAUUGAAUUUGAAUUUCAGGGAGAUUUAAAUUCCAACUCCAGUUUCAUUUUCUUAUUUAGACUGGGAUUGAUGAAUGCAAUCCAGAAUGGCCCCGAUGCUGGUGUGCUUAGUCAGAUCUCACAGAAUGCACCUUCUGGCUCCUAUACAGAGCGCAGUACAGUCUAAAAUGAGGCUGCAGACUUGCUCUGCUGUGCAUGAAUGAUUGUUUACCUGCGAAAGAAGCGGGCGUUCCACCAAGAGUUCCCUUGCAGCACCCACAGUGCAGCUGGCAUGGCCCGGGACCGAGGGCAUGAUGCGGGCGUCGGGUCCGGGAGGAGGACCAGGCAGCAGCCCAGUUGCCACCUUCAUCACUCAUUUCUUUUCCUCCUUCUUACAAAUGCAGUCAAACUGCAGCAGGGUCAGAGUGGAGGUUACGGAAGUCCAUGGAAACCCUGUUUGACAGCUAAGGCGAUGCACAAGAAAACUGCAAAUGACACUGCCAUCCAUAUUGGCUUGCCCCCGCCCCCAACUGUCUUCUCCAAACUUACUUUACCCCCCGUUUUCUCUUCUUCCCUUCUUAGUUAUUUUUCAUUGUGAUUAUAUAGUGGGCAUGCAUGACACUGACAUGCCUUUUAAUCUAUAUGAUUAUAACGUCAAGUAGUUGUGUAUAAAUAAGACUAACUUUUUAAAUAAAUACCAAAUGUGUACAAGU